AUGGAACCCCGUUGGAAGCAGCUUUGGGAUGCAUGGGAUCUCCGAGCCUUCAUUAUCUUAAGCCUUUCAUUGCAAACCUUCUUAACUUUUGUUGCCCCCUUGAGAAAGCGAACGGCAACCAAUUGGAUAAGCAUACCUCUCUGGUCGGCAUACUUGCUUGCAGACUGGGCUGCAAACUUUGCCGUUGGGCUCAUCUCCAACAGCCAAGGCGACACUUCUUCUGGUGCAGUCAAGGAUGGAGACCUUAAGGCAUUUUGGGCUACCUUUCUUCUGGUACACCUUGGUGGCCCGGAUACCAUAACUGCUUUUGCUCUCGAGGAUAAUGAGCUGUGGCUCAGGCACUUGAUUGGAAUGAUAGUCCAAUGUUUAGCUGCUCUUUAUGUCUUCUUACAGACGUUAAGCGGUAACAAGCUACGGAUCCCAACAAUUUUCAUGCUUGUGGCCGGAAUCAUCAAGUACUCCGAGCGGACACGUUCUUUGUAUAUUGGAAGCUUGGGUAAUUUACGUGACUCCACGCGACGUGGUCCUGACCAAGGGCUUGAAGCGCACGACAGGUCCGUGUCCAUGGAAGACGUAGUUGUUCCAGACCCGAUUAAAUACAUGCUUGGAACAGCCACUGCAGUGCCAGAUGGUGUUUUGACCGAGUUGGCAUUGAUGCAACAUGCUAAUUACUUUUUUAAUGUUAUAAAGGCGUUGAUUGUUAAUUCCAUUUUAAGCUUCAGCCAGCCAUACCAAAGCCGAGUGUUCUUCCUAGAACGAAGCGCAGAAGAUGCUUUUAGAAUGAUAGAGCUUGAACUGAAUCUCCUCUAUGAAUUUCUCUACACCAAGGUCAGUGUGGUGCAUUGUAAAUUUGGUUAUAUUUGCAGGUUUCUUUGCUUCAUUUCAGUUGUUGUAGCCCUUGUACUCUUCUAUUUCGAGAGCAAGCAGGGAUACCACCGGUUUGAUGUUGGGAUUACCUAUGUCUUGCUCCUUGGUGCCAUUGUCCUCGAUCUAAUUUCUCUAUUCAUGCUCAUUUUCUCUGAUUGGACAAUUAUUGCCCUCCUCAUGAGUGAUGUUUCCGAUGAUAAAUCCAUUGGUGUUAAAAUCCUCAACUUCUUGCUCGCUGUCAAGAGGGGAAGGAGGUUUGCCAAGCCUCGUCGUCCCUGCUGUAUGUUGCGCGGGGUUAGGCAAUUCUUGGAGCGCGGGUGGUCGGAGUCUCUCUCGCAAUACAACUUGAUAGGUUAUUACAUUUACAUACAUAAUCGCUCAAAAUGGAUGCAAAAAGUCAUUGAUAUUUUCCAUCUAACCGACUUUUCAGAUAGAAGGUAUGUGAAAAGGGUAUCAUUCACCAGAGAGUUGAGAGACUUCAUCUUCAAGGAGCUGGUAAAUAAAGCUAGCACAGCGAAUAAUGUAGCAAGUGCCAAGGAGAUGUAUUCAGGCAGAGGGGAAGGGGUUCUUCGUGAUAAAGGUCACCACAAUUUACUUCCUUCUGUUGAACAAGUCGAAUAUGAUAGAAGCCUUGUAAUGUGGCACGUUGCAACUGAACUCUGCUACAGUGACGGCAGUGAAAGCAAUGCUGCUGCUCGCAAGUAUCGUGAAUUUUCGAAGCUCCUGUCGGAUUACAUGUUUUAUCUUGUAAUUAUGCAGCUACCAACGAUGUCUACAGUGGCUGGUGAUGCGUAUUUAAUAUUCAUAGAUAGCUGUGCCAUAACAAAGCGAAUCUUUCGAGAUAAUAAUGAAGACAUAGGGAAAUCAGAAAAGGACCAACAGAUAAGAGCCUGCAAAACUAUCCUUACCAGACCGAUAUUUGACGGAGGACGAAGCAAAUCCGUGCUGUCUGAUGCAUGCCGGUUGGCCACAGAGCUGCAAAAGUUGGGCGAGGAAGAUAAAUGGGAAACAAUGAGCAGAAUUUGGGUAGAAUUACUGAGUUAUGCUGCAAGUCGUUGCGGAGGAUAUACUCAUGCCCAACAACUGAAUAAAGGUGGAGAUCUCAUUACUUUGGUUUGGUUAUUGAUGGUGCAUCUUGGCUUCUGUGGUCAAUCUGAAUCGGAGGGAUACUUAAAGUCUCUCACUUUCAACCCCGGAGAUGAAUCUGAAUCUGAAUCUGUAUGA